AUGGACAGGGAGGAUUGGAUUGCGGCAGCCAGGUGGCUGGAAAAUAAUCAACCUUGUGGAGAUGUCACACCAAUGGAGGAAUUUGAUCCAAAACAGGAACGUCAUAAGGGACACUGGUAUGUAGUGGCGACGUAUCCUGUUGGUUCUAAUUUGAAAGGAAAAUGCAUAAGUCAACACUUCCGGCCGCAGGAGGAUGGUUCAGUAAAGCUUUUAACCAAGGUUGUAGAAGUGAAAACAGAAAAAAUACGAACAUAUAAAGGUACUGCAAAAUUCGUUGAAAAUGAAGCCAAAUUUAUUGAAAUCUAUGAAGAUGUAGAAUACGAAGAAGAAUGGAUUUUAGAUACUGACUACGAGAACUACGCCAUCCAUUUCGCUUGCGCUGAUCUAUCACCUUACAAAGUAAAUAAUGUUUGGAUUUUGGCAAAAACUACAAGUGUAGAAGAGGAGGUUCUCAAAAAGGCUCACAAAGUUCUUAGAGAUAACAAGCUGAGCAUUGAGACACUGGAGGUGGUCGAUUGCGAAAGUUGUCCAAAAGAAAAGAAAAAGUACUGA